AUGAAAGGAGCUGUGGCUGCCAGGCAGUGCCUGUUUCAAAGAGGUAUGAAUAUAGAUCCUAUUUGCCCAAUGUGUGGUAGUGAAAAUGAAACCAUAUUACACAUGCUUGCUCUCUGCCCUGAAGCAAAAAGAAUAUGGUAUCUUUCACCCCUACGUUUAGAGGUGGAGAAAUACGAGGGGGUGGGUUUUGGGGAGUGGUGUGGCUCCAUCCGUGUUCUUCACAAAGAUCCUCACUGGUGGAACAUUCUCUUCGCAAUUCUAUGGGGAAUAUGGCUACGGAGAAAUGUAUGGUCCUAUGAGAAUAGGAAGAAAGAUCUGAUGGAUGUUAUCCAAAAAGCAGUGAGUGUGGUGGGAGAUUAUGAACAAGCUCAGCAGGCUUUAAGUUCGUCUGAAGGUAGGCAUCAGUUGUUGGAGUCGAAGUGGAAACCUCCUACUCAGGGAAUGAUCAAGAUAAAUUCUGAUGCUGCGAUCUUUGAUAACUCAGCUGUGGGAUUGGGAGGUGUAAUGCGUGAUGCACUGGGGGAGGUUGUGGUGGCUACAUGUCUAUGCCUAAGAAGUAAGUAUGAGGUGGAUGUAGCUGAAGCCCUUGCAUUGAGACACUCCCUACGCAUAGCAUUGGAGUCGGAGUUUAGGAAGGUGUGCCUGGAAACUGAUUGUAUGAAGGUGUUCAGUCACCUGACGAAGGGUUGUGCCCCUGCUACGAUCCUUGGGAUGGUUAUUAAUGAUAUAAUGCAGUUAGCUCGUGGCUGCCAAUCGUGCUCCUUCUCCUUCGUCAAACGAAGUGGUAAUGGGGCAGCCCAUGCUUUAGCCAAACUUAGUUCUUCUUAUGGUGAUCUUAGAGUUUGGAUGGAAGAGGUUCCUAGUGAAAUCUCACCCUUUGUAAUGGCUGACUUAGCUUCUGCUUUUGAGUAA